UUUGUUUGCCAUUUUCCUCCUUUCGCCUUUUUCCUGAAUUUGGCCACAAUUGUUGUGUGCUUAAACUGCUAAAUUAGGUUUAUAUAAGUACCUGUAUGAUGAGCAACCUUUGCAAAUACGGACCGCCCCCAGAUUCCGACUCUGAUAGCAGCUACGAUGGAUUCUACUUCUCGGAUAAGGUGAAACGCUCGAAACCAGCUCCUUACGUGGAUCCCGAGCAAAAGCUCUACGAUGCAGUCGUCGCUGGGGAUCUCAAGACGAUGCAGGAGGAGAUGCGCAAACUCGUCCUCCAAGUGGAUCAGCCAGUAAAAGGUGGUCUUAACUUACUGAUGCUCGCCUGUCGCGAGGGCCACUACAAAAUAGUUGAAUGGCUGCUGGAAAGGGCAGGGGCCAACGUGAAUCGGCAGCUGGAUUCCUUGAUGCCGCUGAUGAUGGCCUGCAAUACCACCCACAAGGAUCCGUGCCUGGCGGAGAGAAUUGUGGGCCUGCUCUUGCGGCACGGAGCCGUGAUCAAUGUUUCGGAAAAAUAUGGAAUGACACCCUUUAUGUUCGCCUGCCAAAAUGGCUUUGCCGGCGUUGUGCGUCUGCUUAUUAAGGAUGCUAGUUUCGAUGCUGUGGAUAAUCAGGGCUGCACUGCCAUCUUUCAUGCCAUCGAGAAAAAUCACGUGGAAGUGGUCAAGCUGUUGGUGGAGGCGGGCGCGAAUGCCACGAUAGCCAACAACAAAGGCUACACGCCCACCCAGGUGGCGGAGUGCCAUGGAUACUACGACCUGCUGGAGAUCCUGCCGCGACCAGCCUCCACUUACCUAGUGCCGACGCACUUCCUGGGCUACAACACGCUAAGGGAUCACAUUCCACGCAUCUUCCUUAAGAGCGAUUGCCCGGAAUAUUUUCAAGAACUUAACGGCAUACUGGAGGCCAUCAAUAUUGGCAACAUGGUUCAAUACUUUGCCAUUGCGAGGAUCUCGCUGGCAGAUUUCCUCGUCAUGGAUGAGCAGUCACUUCGCGAGAUCGGCAUCGAGUAUCCCAUCUUCCGUCACAAGAUACUGACGGGCAUUCUUGACUUUCAUCUUCAUCAUUGGAGCAACUCGUCGAUAGCUCGGGUCAAAAAGGAUGAGAUGAACAACUUCUAUGAGAUCCUACUGAUCACCGCAAGUCAUCUGCAACACUUGGUCAUUAUUCAGGCCUCCCUGCGCUUCAUCCUCAAAAACCAGGAGCACAAUAAAAUGGGGCAACCUUCGGAGAUGCAGGUGGCUGCGAUGAAAAGCAACCUUCAGGGCUAUCGAGAUGUACUCAACCAAAUCACAAAGACAGUCAAAUAUCUUGGUUCCUUUAGCCCCUCUCAGAAUCCCUUGUUCAUUGACUUCAACGAAAUACUCGCAGAGCGAAAACGCAAAAAGGUGCGCAGCUACUUCAAGUACACCACCAUUAUACUUGGAAUCUCAGUUUUCAUUUGCCUCAAGUGCAAGUGGUUCUCAUAGUAUCCGCUCAAGAACAUUCCUCAUAUUAUUUCCAACGUUUACGAAGAACGUGGUUUUCCUUACCGCUCUGAACUGGCGGAAUUUUUUUGCAAAUCCAAAUAGUUUUAGGUUAAAGAAAAGUUUAACUCAUAUUUCGAAUCGAAGUUUAUCAAUUGUUAUUUCUAACUGUUAGGAAACGCGUAAUCUCUCAAUACAUUUAACAACCGUUUUCUCGUUAAGACUAUAUAUGUUAGAACGCAAUAGAAAUAUAUCAAACGUUACCUCAAAGCUGAUGAAUAUACCUGAAACUAAAAGAAACGAAAUAUUCAAAUGUAUGAACUAAAGGUUAUGACGGAAAACACCAUAUAUAUAUAUAUUAAUACAACAUCGAAUGUAAAAAUUGAAAAGAGUUAUUUUUGUUAACCCAUUAAUAAAGGAGUUGUUAACU